AUGGAGAUCUGUCGGAACUGGUGGCGACUGCAGUCGGGCCUGGAGAUAUUGAUCCUGGAUCCGAAGCCUUUUCCGGAUCAGUUUUGGCGUCUGCGAGAUCUGCAAGCCAUGUUCCAGUCGCUGAUCGAUAUGACCGAUGAGGUUCGUGUUUCUCUGCUACUUGAUGCGGAAUGUUGGAGUGGCAUACGGGUCGGAUAUAUGUUGGUUCGCGUUUGCCUCGGUCACAGUGCCAUUGAAUCGGAACUGGAGUACCUGCAGAUGGUAUUUAUCACCUGCAUACAGCCGUUGUUCUUUUCACUGAUGAUGAAUUCCUUAACGCACACCACGGACUCCCUAUUGGAGACCACGAAAGCUGUGAUCAUCUGGAUCGAAGUGUAA